GGUCCUGUCAGCUGUCGCUUGUAGUUACCGGCGCGACCCUCUGAUAUUGUUUUUAAGUCGAAGUGUAGUUAUAAACGGAGCCCAGUAGUCGGCAGUAAUUGGACAAGAAUUAUCUUGAGCAGGCCAGUCCGGAAAAGGAAUCCGCUGGGCUGCUUUGUCCAUUUCUGUGAUCUUGGAGCAGCUAAAAGAAGCGGCACCCAUUUAUAUUAGAAACACGCGUACAGCUUUUGUUCCAAGACAGCUGAUCCAGAUAUGAGGGAGAGAGCGGCGAGGAGCCGGAGAGCAACGUGCGAUCAGCAGUCCGGCCAAACGAGAGGGUAGUGCGCUCUGGAGAGUGGGAGUGCGAGUCACUCCGGCCGAGGAGACCCAAAGGCACGUUAAGAAGUGGAAGAGUCGAGAGAACCGUUGUGUCUUUCACGUGGAGGAAUCAAAGACAAUCUGCCUAUCCAGUGAAACCAUUCCUAUAAUGAAAUGUUUGUCAGUGUCCUGACCAAAGCUGUGCAUGGUAAAGAGGGAUACUUAGAAGAAAGGGGGACUGAGGCAGCAGACUGGCAUCCCCUAAAGUGGAAAUCAAACAAAGAAUGGCCUGCAUCAAGAAAGAGAACUGUGAGGAGGAGUCGGCCCACAUUACACAAGAAGAUGCCUGGAAUAAGCUGGAGGAUUGUGAGGAGGAGUCUGUUGGUUUCAAAGAGGAGUUUCCUGAUCACGUAUCCGUCAGCAUUAAAAUAGAGGAUUCUGAGGCUGUCCCAGUUAGUCCUGAAGUGCAGAAGAAUGAAACGGUAAAGGUUUUAAAGGAACACGCGUCAUCAGACAAUGACUUGGGAUUGCAGGCACUUACAGCGCUAAAAACCGAGAUGACCCAUUUAAGUUUCGCUAAGAGGAAAAAAUUCUCAUCUUGCCAGCAUUCCAUCCAGUUGAAGCCACCAUCGCUUGAGUCAAAGGGCAAAGUAACAAAGAAGAUAUUUCAUACUAGUGAAAAGAAGGGUCAGCAGUCCUCAACAAAGCACUCUGGCACAUCAGGGCUACAAGAUUCUGGCAGCUCCUUCUAUCAAUGUCCACAAUGCAGCAAGCAAUUCAAAGAUGAACAAAUCUUCCAGGUGCACCUGAGAAUUCACCUUGGAGAAAAGCCAUAUUGCUGUACUGAAUGCGGUGAACAGUUCUCUCACAGCAACAGUCUUUUUCUUCACUCCGGCAUCCACACUGGGGAUAAGCCAUAUUCCUGUUUGGAGUGUGGCAAAGGAUACUUAACCAGACAAGGACUUCGUCAACACAAAAAUUUUCAUAAAGGAGAGAAACCUCAUUGCUGUUCAGAGUGUGGUAAAUGCUUUUUGCACUCAAAUCACUUGAAGAGGCAUGAAAGAAUUCACACUGGGGAGAGGCCAUAUUGCUGUACUGAAUGUGGCAAACGAUUCUUAUGUGCAAGUAAUUUUAAGGAACACAGAAAAAUUCACACCGGAGAGAAGCCAUAUUCUUGUUCUGAGUGUGGCAAGCGAUUCUCCAACAGAAGUGGGCUUCAGCUACAUACGAGAACUCACACAGGAGAGAAACCUCAUUGCUGUUCUGAAUGUGGAAUACAGUUCUCCAACAGGACCAAUCUUCAUUUGCACAGAAGAAUUCACACAGGGGAGAAGCCAUAUUCUUGUUCUGAAUGUGGCAAGCAAUUUUCCCACUCUAGUGACCUUAAGAGGCAUGCAAGGACUCACACCGGAGAGAAGCCCUAUUGGUGUUCCGAUUGUGGCAAGCAAUUCUCACAAAGAAGCAGUUUUCAGAGACACACACGGAUUCACACUGGAGAGAAACCUUGCCGCUGUUCUGAAUGUGGCAAACGGUUCUCAACAACAAGUGAUCUCAAGCGACAUAUGAAAACUCACACCAGAGAGAAGCCGUAUUCCUGUUCUCAGUGUGGUAAGGGAUUUUUGCGGAGAGGUACUCUUAAGAAACACCUUGGUAUUCACAAUGAAGAGACGACUCACAGCUCUUUGGAGUCUGGCAAGUGAUUCUUACACACAACUGCUCAUUUGAACACAUAAACAAAGAAAAGAGACCGUGGGAGGUAAUGCAAGUGUUUACUAACACCUUUGUGUAAAAAUAAAACAUAAAGAGUCUAACCAUUAAGCAAUGCACACACUUCAAAACAUGAUGGAAAAUAAUAAAUGUGUAUGUAGAACAUACACAAAAUGUAACCUGAGCAUUCCACGAUUACUUCAUGAAUUUACAAUAUUAGAACUUUCACAAAGCACCAAUGAUCAGAAUCAAGAAAGGGCGACAUUUUGUAGGCUGAAACUGAAGAAAUGCAGACAGGAUGGUCUUCAACCUUUGAGCAGAAGGAGGUAAUGAUAAUAAGAAAGCAGCAAAAAAGAAGAUACAAGUGGCAACUUAAAAAUUGUUCUGGUCUUGAACAUCAGGCUCCUACAGGCCAAGAGUUGACAUAUGGAAGGGUUAAUAGACAACAAGAGGAGAGAGGCUGACCUUGACUGCUCAGAACAGUGAUCUGCACACUGUCAGACACUAAGACGGGAAUAAAAACAACACCACAGAAAACAAAUCUGCUUCCAGAAAAAUACCCAACAUACUCGGCCGAUGGAGUGAUUUAAAUAAUUAGAGUCAAAUAGAGCCUGACUACUCUGCAUGCAUAUCCAAAAGUAACAAGUGUGAAGCAAUGUGGUUGAAAAGAUUCUCACAUGGAAUGAGAGAAAUGAAAUUGUUUUUAUAGUUUAAGAAGUCAGAAAAUGAUAAACCCGAAAAAGAAUCUUAAGGGUGGGGUGCACAGUGUUGUUGCACUGUACAAAUAUUCGAAUAUGUGAGGUGCCAUUAACCAAAAAGCACAUUAGUGGUGUCAGUGUUGCAAAAGAUUCUCACGAGUAGGUGGUUUUGAGAAACACAGAGGUGAAUCCCAGUUCAAUGUGAAGUACGAGGGUUGUCUGGGUUC